AUGGGACAAAAAGGAGGGAGAGAUGCAUUUGUUUCCCAAGUCUUGAGGAGGCAAAUCGAAGCAGAGGACCAUAAAUAUAAAGCUCGAUUACGUGUUUUUAUUAUUGUUGUUAGACUUUUAUUGAAAAUCGGUUUACCGUUUCGUGGUCAUGACGAGUCGGUUAACUCGGAACAUAGAGGGCUUUACAUUGAAGUGUUAAAAGCCAUUCGAGAGACAAGUGAAGAUAUUUUCAACAAUACUUUAGAAAAUGCUCCUAAAAACAAUCAACUAAUUUCACCUAAAAUUCAAAAAGAACUUGUGCAAUGUUUUGCACAAGAAGUACUUUUGAGUAUUCGUGAAGAGAUUUGUCAAGAUGUUUUUGCUUUACUAGUUGAUGAAUCUAGUGAUGUUUCAAAAAAGGAACAAAUGGUUGUUGUUUUGCGUUAUGUCGAUAGUCUUGGCUUUGUGAAAGAAAGAUUCAUAAGUCUAGUGCACGUGAAGGAUACAUCCUCUUUGACACUCAAAAACGCCAUAAAUGAAAUAAGAGGACAAGGUUACAAUUGGGCUAGCAAUAUGCGAGGGAAAUUCAAUGAUUUGAAAUCUUUGAUAUUACAAGAGAAUGACAAGGCUUUUUAUGUACAUUGCUUUGCACACCAACUUCAAUUAGUAGUUGUGGCUAUAGCAAAGAAGCAUGAUGGUGUUAGUGACUUUUUUGAGCAAAUUUCGUUGGUGGUUCAUGUUGUUUGUGCCUCGUGUAAAAGAAAAGACUUACUACGAGAGCAAGCAAGAGAAAUGGUGCAAAAAGGCUUGUGUAGUGGUGAACUUGAAACCGGAAGAGGGUUAAAUCAAGAGACUACACUAGUUCGAGCGGGAGAAACAAGAUGGGGUUCACAUUUCAACACACUCACAAGUUUGAUGAAGUUGUUUGCGAAUGUUCUUGUAGAUUUAGAUUUUGUGAAAGAGGAGGGAGGGUCAUUGGCAAACCGUCAACAAGCAUCUGGAAUCUUAGCAUAUUUUAAAUCAUAUGAGUUCGUGUUUUACUUACAUAUGAUGUAUGGCAUUUUACACCUCAUGAGUACAUUGUCAAAGCAACUUCAAAGAAAAGAUCUAGACAUUUUAGAAGCGGCUUCGAUAGUUAGAGGGACAAUGGAGGCAUUACAAUAUUUUAGAAACAUAGGGUUUGCUAGCAUUUUGCCAAAAACAUCAUCAUUUUGUCAAGCACAUGAAAUUGAUACUUUAGAUAUGGAAUAG